AAAAAAUCCUUGGGAUCGGAACUAUACGAGCAAGUUUGGUACCACCUGGAUCUUAUAGAAAAGGACUAUUUUGGUCUACAAUUUACUGAUGCCAACCACGUGUCGCAUUGGUUGGAUCCUACAAAAAUGAUCAGAAAACAGGUUAAAACUGAACUGGGGGAUUACGAUCCGGAAGUUCACACUCCUGGCUUCAUUUCAGAAUUUCGUUUUGUGCCUGAACAAACUGAAGAAAUGGAGCUGGACAUCUUGAGCCAUUACAAAAUGUGCAAGGAUCAAACACCAGCUCAGUCAGAACUUAAUUACCUCAGUAAAGCCAAGUGGCUGGAAAUGUACGGUGUCGACAUGCACACCGUACUGGGUAAAGAUGGCAAUGAAUACUCAUUAGGCCUAACACCUACAGGUAUACUUGUUUUUGAAAACUCUACAAAAAUCGGUUUGUUUUUUUGGCCUAAAAUAACAAGACUGGAUUUCAAGAGUAAAAAAUUGACUUUAGUUGUGGUUGAGGAUGAUGAUGAGGGUCAUGAACAGGAGCACACGUUUGUUUUCCGUUUAUAUAAUGGCAAAGCUUGUAAACACCUGUGGAAGUGUGCUGUGGAGCAUCAUGCUUUCUUUAGGCUGAAAGGUCCUGUAAAAAAUAUGUCAACAAGACAGAACUUUUUCAGGAUGGGAUCUAGAUUUAGAUACAGUGGUAGAACAGAGUUACAAGCUACCCAAAAUCGAGCUAGACGUACUGUACAGUUUGAACGUCGUCCAAGUCAAAGGUAUUCUCGUCGAAUUACUCAUGAUCGCCGUAGAGAAACUGCAAAUUUAAAAGACAGUAAUGAAAGUAAGACAAAUAGAGUCUUUCCAACUCUUGCUGCUAAUGUUGCUUCAACACCAGAGGUCACCACUGCUGUUGACAGCACAACCAUUACAACACCACCAGUAACUAAGGCCUCAGAAGACCAAGCAUUACCUCUGACCACAGUGUCUUCUGUUCCUUCAUCACCCUCCAUGGUCACUUCUACAGCUAGCAGUGCUCCUAUAUGUACUGUAACAGUGGUCAGUUCCCCAGAGGAGAGGCUGGACACUCUUAUCAAAUCCUUAUCUAAGGAGAAGGCUAGUGAAGUAAAAGGAGAUACAAAGAAUGAGUAUUCAGUAUCUCCUGUGUCGGGGAAGAAUGAAGAUACAACUGCAACAACGAUGUCAGAAUCUGAGGUUUUAGCAGCGAAGUUGAAAGGUUUGGAUUCCACCAGUUCUCCUCAGUCCAAACGAUCUGUGUCUAAUGCCAGCAGCUCGAGUGCUGCUAGCUCUACUACUAAAGAUGGGAGCAUUUUAAAAAAUAACCAGAUGUGGCCUAGCAGUGGUGGUGGUGGAGCUCGACCCAUUCCUCCAGACCAGAUGAAAUGCAACAUUCUUAAAGCUAAAGCUGAUGAGGAAAGAAGUAAAUGUGAAAAGUCUGAAAAACCUGAAAAUCAGUAUUCUUUGCUAAGUAAAGAAACGAUACUGACAACAAAAGACUCAAAAACAAUUGUUAUAUUAAAUAGUGAUAGCAGCUGCAAUGGAAAACUAAAAAAUGGUGACAUGCUAACUGAAGAUAUCCAAAAACAGAAUGGAUGUUCUAGUAUCAAAGAAGAUUCAUCCUGUACCAACCCUUUUUUUUCUAUGGAUCAGACUUCCAGUACAGCUACUACCACUAGGUCUCCUGAUGCUAGACCUUGUAUCAUUCCCUUAAUCUUAAAUCAUGCCUCAGAAAAUAGGCUUUCUGAGAAUGACGAUACUAUUCCGUUGUUGGGUAGUUAUCCUAGUAGCCCCACAUCAUCCUCUGUAAGUCCUUCUUACAUCACUAAUAUCACCAUUGUCCCUGUUUCUGGUUCAUGUGAAGAAAAGUGUUCGUUUACUGAAAACCUCAUUCCUAAAGUCGUAAUCUCAACCCCUGAAGAAAGUGAGAUUCCCCAGCAGUCGCAUGAACAAAAAAGCCCCCAUUGUGGUACAAGGCCUAAACCCCAAGAUAAUGCUUGCAACCAGGUAACUUCUGCUGGGGCAGAGCAAGGCGGAUCUGACUCUGAGGAAGACGGGACACAAACUAAAGUGCUCACUGAGACAUCAUUUGCUGCAGCAAACCCUAUUACUAGAUCUGUGUCGUCUGCCAGUUCUCGGAAUGUUGCGUUAUUGAAGAAGACAUCUUCCUCUUCUAAUUCUAGUGUUCUUUCGCCCUGGCACGUUUCCACUGGUGAGAGCAUGACACGACGAGAGAGCGAGAGGCUCCAUCAUCGUACCGUAAUGACCACAGAAUUAUGAUUUGUUUUUUGUGACUUUCCAUUAUUGCUAAAGCAUUAUAUUCGUUUUAUAUUAAUGUUUCUAGUAAAUAAUAUUUACUUAUUACGACUUUACUGUUUACAUUCCCAAAUAUAUUUUGUAUGUAUUGUGCUCUUUGUUUUGCUAUUACAUUUAUUAGGUAACAGCUGAUAUUUUCUUGAUGUGCGUGCUUUAUUAUGUCUUGUAAAAUACCCAUUUAUGAAUUCAGAAUCUUGUUAUAUUAGAUGUGGUUUUAUUCUGUGUAAAAUAUAUGUAUCAUUGUGUUAUAGCUAUUUAAUUAUUAAACGUUUUACAUGAUAAGACAAAAAUUACACAUUCACGACAGUCAUGGACCAUCUGUCUUACAGUUUGACAUAAUAUUGUACAAAAAUACAGUUACAUCUUAAGAUUUUACUAAUCAAAUAAGUAUUUCUUGUUUUUAUUUACAAUAUGUAAAUUAUAUUUCUGGCUGUAAUUGACAAUAAGCAAUAUUUAGAGAUGUUACUGUAAAAUCUUUAGCAUAUAUAAUAAAUAAACAUUUAUUAACGUUCAUUAGGGGUGAUGCUGUCAGUCAUCUUCACAAAAUUAUAUUUGUGCAUAAAGGGGUUUUUUUGAUAGUGUUUUUGAAGUGGUUAGUACUGUUUUUAAAAUAUUAGCAUUGGUUCAGUAGACAUGAAGGUAAAAUUCAGGGUUUUAUAAUAACAGUUCAAACAACUUGUAGCUGUUUUAUUACACCAAACUUGUUUUUGUCAUUAAACGAAAAGCUUUUAUUAUUUGUAUGUGUAAUUGCAUCAAGAAAGAAAAGUACUCUUUACUAUUUAGAAAAUGUGUUAUUCCUCAGUUAAAAGUAGUGCAAGUAAUAAUCAUUUUUAUUAUUUAUACUUCUAUUUAUGUGGGUUAACAUUCUUGUGGCAUCUUUCUAUUUGAUAUCUUCAGGUGUAUGAAGUUUAUUUGAUAUGGUUCUUUUAUUAUGUAACUAAAAUUGCAAAAUAUCAUUCCAGCAAAAUAUUUGAGUUUGUUUUUGUUGAUAGAUACCAACCAGUAUAAUAGAAAUAGCCGAAUUCCGUUUCUUCUACUAAGUUGUAUAUAAACUAUGCAUUACAGUUGUAGUUGUACCGAUCUCUCUCUCUCUCUAUUUCUUUUUUUUUGUUCUGUGUGUGUGUGUGUGUGUAUAUCUAACUGUGUUUUUUUUUUAACGAAGUUUGUGAGGGUACAAAUUUAAAUUUUGGAACCACUUUAUGGACAGCUGGCUGAGUUAUGUGUUGGUAUGGGCUUUAAUAUAAAAAAGUUCAGUUAAAAAUAUUUUAAUAUGAGAAUUAAUUGACUUGUGCCAUAUUCUGUGGAUAUAAAACAAAAUUUUCUAUUUCUAAAUAAUAUUUACUUCCCACUCAAUCUUGAGGAAUUUAUUAUGUUAGCUUGUUUAAAUAUGUAUUGAAGAAAGUAAUUUAUAACAAGAAAACCAGCAAGUUUGAAAAGUACCAGAGUUAUCAUUAUGUGUGUACAAUAGGAUUGAAUACUCUUCAGAUUACAUUUGAAAGUUUUAAGCAUUGAUAUAUAUAUAUACAUACACACAUUAUAGUUUUUUUUUAUCUGACAUAUUGGAAUCGAUUUCUAUCGAAACACAUUUUUUGAAUCUUCAGUAGACAAGACUUGGUUGAUAUAGUCUCGCUAAUUAGUUAAAUGGAACAGAGACUUAGAAAGGACAGUGUGUAAAAAAAUCUCCAAUGUAGCCACAGUUUUUCCUUCUUCACUCUGUACUAGCAGAGUUAUAGGAGUUGAUGUAUCGUGGUUGCCAUGGUAACGGUUUUCAGGAUCUCUGCUUAACCUGAAACAGGGUACCCUGAUAGAUUUAUAUGCAUUUUGUUUUUUUAAAUCUGGAAUUAAUAUCUAACAAAUCUGAUUCAGGUGAUUUGAAAUGACUUUUGAUUUUAUGCUGAGGUUAUAAGGACUGUAAAUAUAUUUAAAAUAUCUACCUGAUUUCUAUCAAAGUUAUUCAAAUCCACAUUAAAAAAAAGUGUUUCAUUAUUACAAAGGCUACUGUAUUCUUUAGUUAAUACUUUUUAGAUGCUGGAAGUGCAAAGCAUGGACAUUCCAUAUUGUUGAUAUUUAGUUUUUUUUAAGAUAUGUGCUUCAGUUUUAUUUAAUAAUAAAGCUAUUAUAAGAUUCCAAGAAAUCCCUAUCGUUGACUUUAUACGUGCCAUUUUAAAAUUAGGCCUAAUAUACAGUUAAGUGCAAUUGAGAUCUGUUAUUAUAGCUGUGACAUAGGGUUCAUUUUUGAAAUCUUUAUAUAAAGAGCUUUUAAGAAACUAAGAUCUUUAAAAGGUUUAGGCUGUAGUAUUCACUAAUGAUUUUCUUCCCUCAAUUUACAGCAGCAUUAUAUAAAGUUUUACUGGUGUUUUUGUACUGAUGAGAAUUUGAUAAAAUCUCAAUAAACUUCAAAAUUUCGACA